CCGGGAUCGGAUUGCUCCUUAUAUCUACUAUCUGCUAGUAGUGCCGUGUAUAUAUACCUCCGUUACUGCCACCACUACCACCAACAUCCACCCUCAUACAUCUUCAUCCAACUUACACUACCACCAUUGUGACUACUACUACUCCUAUCAAAAUGACCAUCCAAUCUCAAACCAAAGACCCUCUCCCCCUCCCACCCCCCUUCUCCUCCAUCCCCCGCCACCAACUAACCUUCGGCCCAUCCCCGAUCCACGCCCUCCCACUAAUCACCGCCGCCCUCAACCCCCCAACACCUACCACCAUCUACGCCAAACGCGACGACCUCUCCUCCCCGCUCGCCUCCGGGGGCGGAAACAAAACCCGCAAACUCGAAUACCUGAUCCCAGACGCCCUCAGCCAAAACUCCACGACCCUCAUCUCCAUCGGCGGGAUCCAAUCCAACCACACCCGCCAAGUCGCCGCCGCCGCCACCGUAACAGGGCUAAAAUGCCGAGUGAUCCAAGAAGACUGGGUACCCUGGAAUGACGCGCACUACAGCAAAGUAGGCAACAUCCAGCUGUCGCGGCUAAUGGGGGCAGACGUACGACUUGACCCGUCUGGAUUCGGGAUCGAGCAUAAGUCCACUUUGAAGAAGUUGGAGGAGGAGUGUAUCGCGAACGGGGAGAAACCUUAUUACAUCCCUGCGGGGGCGUCGGAUCAUCCGUUGGGAGGGUUGGGAUUCGCGCGGUGGGCGUUCGAGGUGCGGGCGCAGGAGAAGGAGAUCGGGGUGGAGUUUGGGACGGUGGUGGUUUGUGCGGUGACGGGGAGUACGAUGGCGGGGAUGGUGGCGGGGUUUAAGUUGUUGGAGAAGUUGGAUCGGGAGAGUGGGAGUGGGAGGGGGAGGACGAGGGUGGUGGGGAUUGAUGCGAGUGCGAAGCCGAAGGAGACGAGGGAGCAGGUGUUGAGGAUUGCGAGGGAGACGGCGGAGAGGAUUGGAUUGGGCAGGGAGGGGGUGACGGAGGAGGAUGUCGAGUUGUGGGAGGAGUGGCAUGGGGGUGUUUAUGGCGUCCCGGAUAAGAGGACGUGGGAGGCCAUUGAAUUUGCGGCGAAGACGGAGGCGUUUAUUACGGAUCCGGUGUAUGAGGGUAAGAGUUUUGCGGGGAUGAUGGAUUUGGUCAAUCGGGGGGAGAUUCAGGGGAAUAUCCUGUUUGCGCAUUUGGGGGGACAGUUGGCGUUGAAUGCGUACUCGGAUUUGGGGAAGACGCAGUGA